CAGACGAAGGAAGAGCGAGGAAACAAGCAAAGUUUCCAAUGAAAUCCGAAUCAGGAUGAAGAUUGAAUACUGUCUUCUUAAACGUCGUCGUUCGCCCCCAUCCCAUUCCACAAAGUAGGAAUUUGUAAUUCUAUUUCAUAUAUCAAUUUCAUUCCCAUGCCUCCACUUCUCGGGCGACAGAGAGCACCAACGACGCCUACCAAGAAACCAGCUUCCGAGAUCCGAUCAGAACCUCCAUUCAUUCUCCUCUCUCUGCCCCUCUCCUGCCUUUCAUGCAUUCGCAAAAUUCGACCACUUUCUUCUGUGACUUGAGUCUUGAUAUCGGCCUGCUCUUCUCUUGACGUUAGGGUUUCCCUCGAAUCGGCCCCAGCCCCUGAAUUUCUAUUACAAAUGCGUGGGAUCGUGACCUACGGUUCGUAAGUUCGCAGCUUCACACUUAAAAGUGCAUGAGGAUUUGGUGCUGUCUGUGCUUCUGCGAAGAAGACGAGGAGGCAAGAGAAAAAGAUAAUCGUUCCAACUCGAUGAGGGAGAUGAACUUUUUCGAGAAGGACCGCUUGCCUGAUGACAGUAUCGAGAAUGACGAUGACCCUUUGGUUGGCACUGAUACGACCUUAAGUCUGACUGUAAAUAGGCGUGAACGCGAAGACCAUUUCAGGUGGUCUGACGUGAUGGCUAGGGCUGUGAGAAUGGGGGGCCUUCACUCUUGGUUCAAUUCGCAGCCUCGAACAUCGUGGUGGUCCGACGGUGAGAGUAGUUCGUCUUCGGCUGUUGUAAUGGCUGGCUCGGGUAGUGCCGCCGAUGGGGGUCUGGAUUCUCAGCAUAAGCGCGCUAAAGUUCUCUCAGAUUUCGAUCAGCUUCAUUAUCCAACGCCAGCAUCUUCAAAAAUGGGGAAAUCCAGUGCAUCUAUAGACCACUUAGAUCAGUGUAGUACCCGAUGUUCACCUGUUCAAUCUCAUCAUGGGAUGGAGUACAAUACUUUCACAUUGACCGGUACUGGUGAGGAGCUCAACUCUGAUUCUAGCUAUAUGAGGAGAGUGAAGGGGGUUGUGGUGACAUCUCAACAGCAGAAGACUCAGAAGUCAAUAUGGAUUUUACUGAUGAUUUAUUGCACAUGGUUUUCUCUUUCUUGGAUCAUCAUGAUCUCUGCAAAGCUGCCAGGGUCUGUAGGCAGUGGAGAGCUGCUAGUGCUCAUGAAGAUUUCUGGAGGUGUUUGGAUUUUGAAGAUCGGGACAUAUCUAUAGACCAAUUUGUGAAUAUGUGCGCGCGUUAUCCUAAUGCCACAUCAACAAAGAUAUCUGGUCCUUCUAUUCACCGGCUUGUUAUGGAGGCUGUAUCUUCAUUAAGAAAUCUCGAGGCCAUAACACUGGGAAGAGGACAAAUAACUGAUAGUUUUUUCCAUACUUUAACCAAUUGCUCUAUGUUGAGAAGAUUGAACAUCAAUGAUGCUACGCUUGGCAAUGGUAUUCAGGAGUUAGCCGUUAAUCAUGAUAGAUUAAGUCAUCUUCUACUAACAAAAUGUCGUGUAUGCGCAUAUCAAUCAGUAAUACUAUACUUAUUCAGGUGCCCGCAGCUUGAAACAUUGUCAUUGAAGCGCAGUAACAUGGCACAGGCUGGGCUUAAUUGCCCCCUUCUGCGUGAGCUUGACAUGGGCUCUUGCCACAAACUUCCUGAUGCUGCAAUUCGUGCGGCUGCCAUUUCAUGCUCUCAUUUAGUUUCCCUAGACUUGUCAAAUUGUUCAUGUGUUAGUGAUGAAACACUACGGGAAAUAGCCAUCAAUUGUGCCAACCUUAGUUAUCUUGAUGCAUCAUACUGCCCGAAUCUCUCUCUGGAGUCUGUUAGACUGCCAAUGUUGACAGUUCUCAAGCUUCACAGCUGUGAGGGAAUUACUUCAGCCUCAAUGGCUGCCAUAUCUUAUUGUUAUUUGUUGCAGGUUUUGGAACUUGAUAAUUGUAGUCUGUUGACCUCUGUAUUCUUGGAACUUCCUCGUUUGCAGAGUAUUAGAUUGGUUCAUUGUCGCAAAUUUGCUGAUUUAAACUUGAGGACUAUAAUGCUGUCUUCUAUCGUGGUUUCUAAUUGUCCUGCACUCCAUCGGAUCAAUAUCACUUCAAAUUCACUUCAAAAAUUAGCGUUAAAAAAACAGGAUAGCUUAUCCUCAUUGGCUCUGCAAUGCCAAUCUUUGCAAGAGGUUGACCUCUCCGACUGUGAAUCCUUGACAAACGCUAUAUGUGAUGUUUUUGGUGAUGGUGGAGGAUGUCCUAUGUUGAAGUCAUUAAUUCUUGAUAAUUGUGAGAGCUUGACAGCUGUUCGGUUUAUCAGUAGCUCUUUAGUCAGCCUUUCCCUUGUUGGUUGUCGGGCAAUUACUAUUCUUGAGCUCACAUGCCCUAAUCUUGAUAGAGUUUGCUUAGAUGGUUGUGAUCAUUUGGAAAGCGCAUCAUUCUGCCCUGUUGCUCUUCGGUGUCUCAAUUUGGGAAUUUGUCCCAAGUUGAACAUAAUUAGCAUUGAAGCACCUUUCAUGGUCUCACUUGAAUUGAAAGGAUGUGGCGUCCUAUCUGAAGCAUCCAUUAACUGCCCAUUUUUGGCAUCUUUGGAUGCUUCCUUUUGCAGCCAACUAACAGAUGGCUGCUUGUCUGCAACAACUGCCUCAUGCCCACUGAUUGAGUCAUUAAUACUGAUGUCAUGCCCGUCAAUUGGAUCGUACGGACUUUGUUCUCUGCACUGUCUUCAAAACCUGACUUUUCUUGAUUUAUCAUACACUUUUUUGACGGACUUGCAGCCUGUUUUUGAGUCUUGUUCAAAACUUAAGGUAUUAAAAUUACAGGCUUGCAAAUUUCUUACUGACUCAUCACUCGAGCCUCUUUACAAGAGGGAUGCUUUACCAGCACUUCGGGAGUUAGACUUGUCUUAUGGAACUCUCUGUCAAUCUGCCAUAGAGGAGCUUCUUGCUUGCUGUACCCAGCUCACUCAUGUGAGCUUAAACGGCUGUGUGAAUAUGGGUGAUUUGAAUUGGGCUUCAAUCAUGGUCAGGCUACUGUGUUGCCUGCUUUUAAACAUCUCAGCUAGCAUAAUUUCAAAUGAGCAUGUCGAUGGGUUCAGCAGUCAACCCAACCGUUUACUGCAGAACCUCAAUUGUGUGGGAUGUCAAAAUAUCAGGAAAGUUCUCAUUCCACCAAUGGCACGUUGUUGGCAUUUGCUUUCUUUGAACCUUUCUUUAUCAGCAAAUUUAAAGGAGGUGGAUUUAAUUUGUCUCACCUUAUGCUUUCUUAAUUUAAGGUAUAGUUGGUGCUUUAAUAAUCUUUGGUUAUUUUCUAUCAGUAUGUUAGAUAUGUUUAUAUUUUAAAUUUUGUAUUCUAUCCAGCAAUUGUUCCCUCUUUGGAAGUUUUGAAGCUCGAGUGUCCGAGGUUAACCACCCUAUUUCUUCAGUCUUGCAACAUUGAUGAAAAAGCUGUUGAAGCUGCGAUAUCAAAUGUAGUAUGCUGGAGACCCUUGAUGUCCGCUUUUGUCCAAAGAUAAGCUUGACCAGUGUGGGAAGAUUAAGGGUGGUGGUGUCCUAGUUUGAAGCGAAUUUUGCGCAGCUUGUCAACUUAAUGAUUGCGGGUGUUACCAGCGAUGAACAAAUUAUCCUGUGGGUGAUGGCACAUUUGGUAAUAAAUCGGGUUAUUUCUUUGUUGCUUUAUAAAUGGUCGACAAUUCCGUUGUCAUUGUGGUUUGGAAUAUAAAAAUCUAGAGGCAAGCGUUGUUUUCUGUUAACAUAAUCUCUAUUCUCGGUUGUUACAUUUAUUUCUGGUCUCAUUUAGACCCGUUUCAUUUGUAAAUAUUAAAUUUAAAUUU